CUUCAUACGGGACAUUCACCAUGGCAGAUCCCUCGGGAAAGGGUGAUUCAUUUCAUGAUAGAGGAAGUCUACUUACAAACGUUGAUACUUUCUUGAUGUAGGAAAAGGUAUCGAAAAUGUGGUCAGAAACCGGGCCUUCCAUGAAGUAUGGCGUUGCCAUAUACAACUACAAGGAAGAUGGCCCUCAUCGAAUGAAACUCAGUGUUGGUGACACAGUGCAUAUUGUAGAACAGUGUGAAGGCUGGUUACGGGGCUAUAACCUGAAGAAUAGGUACAUACAAGGAAUCUUCCCACAGGCAUAUGUCUGCAUCAAAGAUGCCUCCAUAGACAAAUCAGGGGCAUAUGAAUCCUUGACCACCAAGGAACCUAUGAUAGUGCAAGAGAUUACUUCAGUGCUGAGAGAAUGGGGCUCUAUAUUGAGAAACUUAUAUGUGAAUAACGGUGCCCAGUUUGAGGAGGUCAGAGGCAUGAUGUCCAGGCUGCUGGAUGCCAGGAAAGUGAUCAUGUCAAGAAAAUUAACCAUGGAUGAAUUGAAAGAUCUCCAACAGAAACUCACUGCAAUUAUAGACAUGGGGAAUGCCAUAUUGGGAUUGGACUUGGCAGUGAGAGAUGAAGAUGGUAAUAUUCUUAACCCAGAGCUUACUGGAACCAUCAAAUUAUUUAGACAGCAUGAACUGGCCAUGGAAAGGAUAGAGGCAGAACAGUCAAAGAAUUGCCCCAAUCCUGUUGGAAAGCACAAAAUAAAGCACCAGUUCAGCUUAUUUGUCAGUGUAAAAAACUUUGUGUGCAGAAUUGGAGAAGAUGCAGAUGUGCUCAUUAAUCUUUAUGAUGCCAAAGAAAACAAGGUCUUCACAGAGAGUUAUAUAAUUAAUUGGGGCAGCCAGGGUCUUCCAAAGGACAUAGAGAUGCUCAAUAACCUCCGUGCCUUGUUCACAGAUCUGGGAACAAAGGAUCUUCAACGAGAAAAAGUCUUCCUAGUAUGUCAAAUAAUAAGGAUAGGUUGCAUGGAUCUUAAAGAUGCUGAUAACAAGAAGCAGACAACAGGCCUGAGAAGACCAUUUGGUGUGGCAGUGAUGGAUCUGUCUGAAAUCUUCAGAGGCAACGUUGAGGCUAGUGAGGACAAACCGCCACACUUUAUCCCUUUCAUGGCCUGUGGGAAAGAGGAUUCCUUAGAAAAAGUAAUAAGAAAUGCCAUCCAAGCCAAAGAGAUCAACCACAAGGGUCAGGGACUGUGGGUGUGCCUUCAGAUACUGCCAGGGGAUCUGAACCAGGUGAAGGAAGAUUACCCACAUCUGGUAGCAGGGAACACAUCUGUAGCCAGAAAGAUGGGAUUCCCAGAGGUGAUCAUGCCAGGAGAUGUCAGAAAUGACCUCUAUGUCACCAUAAUGUGUGGAGAGUUUAUAAGAGGAAACAAGACAUCAGAUAAAAAUGUUGAAGUCACAAUUUGUGUUUGCAAUGAGAGAGGAGAUGUGAUCAAAGAUGUGAUCAGUCAUGGAUCUGAUGAUUUUACCACAGAUUACAGGUCUGUAAUCUACUACCAUAAAGACAAGCCAGAGUGGUAUGAGACAGUCAAGGUGGCAAUUCCUAUUGAAGAUUUCUAUGGAUCACAUCUCAAGUUCACUUUCAAACAUCGCUCAACCAUAGAUGCCAAAGACAAAACUGAAAAACCAUUUGCCAUGGCGUUUGUCAAACUGAUGAAUGAUAAUGGUACCACACUGGCAGACAAGGUUCAUGAUCUGUGUGUGUACAAGGAAAUAAAGCCAGGACGAAAAUAUGAGCAAGGAAAGAAAGUCUGGAAGAAAAAAAUUGACAACAAGAAACAAGACAAGCUCAUCUACCUGUCUCUGCCUGCCAGCAAGCAAGAUCUGGAGAAGAAGGCGUCCAAGACCGGACUUCCUGUACAAAAACAGACAAUUCAGGCUGGACCACUGACCUUCAGCAACAAGGAUAGUUUCCAGAUAGAGACAUUAGUCUGCUCUACAAAGCUAACUCACAAUUUGGACCUGAUGGGUUUACUCAAAUGGAGAGACAACCCUGAGGGACUGAAGGAGCACUUGCAGACUCUGAUGAAAGUUGAUGGAGAGGAAGUGGUCAAAUUCCUUCAAGACACCUUAGAUGCCUUAUUUAACAUCCUGAUGCAAAACUCGGACUCAGACCUCUAUGAUCAAAUGGUGUUUGAUGCACUGGUCUUCAUCAUUGAUCUCAUCUCUAACAGAAAAUACCACCAGUUCAGACCCGUGAUGGAGGUGUACAUUGAACAGAAUUUCAGUGCCACUCUGGUUUACAAUAAGCUGAUGGUGUGUUUCAAGUACUAUGUGGACAAUGCACAGGAAGGCAGCCACCAGGAUGCUCUACUUAAAGCCUUGAAAUCUUUGGAGUACAUUUUCAAAUUUAUCAUCAGAUCAAGGCAGCUGUUUGCUACUUUGAAUGAGAAUCGUGGCAACCAGCAGUUUGAAGUAUCUCUGAAGCAGCUCCUCCAGUCUAUCAACCACCUAAUGAAGAAUACAGCUGACAACACAGUUCUGGUUCAGGGUGCAGCUUUGAGGUACCUUCCUACAGCAAUAUUUGAUGUUAUUAAGGUGUUUGAUUCACAGGAACUAAGUCAUUUGUUGGUGGAAUUCAUAAACAAUGUCCCAAAGGAAAGACUGACAAAGGAGAAGAUCAAGUGUAUUCUUGCCAUUGUUCACAGUCGGUUAUUUAUGUUCCCAGAUUGCCGCUACAUUCUCCUGCCUAUGGUGCUGGCUCACACAAAGACUCUACUGGAGAGUGGGGAGGAACUGGAGGAGGUGGUCAAGAUUCUGGGAGACCUCAUGGAGCUGUUGACCAGCCAUGAAGUGGGCCCAGUUCAUGAUGACCUUUCCAUGAUAGUGAUGGCUAUACUCCGGACUGUGAUACAGACUGUUAUUACCAUGCCAAGGGAGAGACCUUGUAUUGGUAAUUAUGUAGCUUUGAUGACAGCCAUGCUUAGACAGAUGACAGAGCAUCACUAUGUUCAGUACAUCAACCAUUUUCCUACUCUGAUCGACCUCACAGACUUCCUCAUGGAGAUUCUCAUGGUAUUCAGGGAUCUGGUCAGCAAAAAUGUCUACCCCAGUGACUGGAAUGAGAUGAUCAUGAUGCAGAACAGUGUCUUCCUCAAAGCUCUCAGGCACUUCUCUCAUACCAUCAGGGAUAGGUUUUCCAGCCCUUUUGAAUAUCAGCUUUGGAAUAACUUUUUCCAUUGUGCAAUCUCAUUUCUUACACAAGAACCUCUACAGCUUGAAAACUUCUCCACAGCUAAAAGGAACAAAAUUAUCAGCAGAUACAAAGACAUGAGAAGAGAGACAGGGUUUGAGAUAAGAUCUAUGUGGUUUAAUUUAGGCCAAUACAAGAUAAGAUUCAUUCCAGAAAUGGUGGGACCAAUAUUAGAAAUGACACUCAUUCCAGAAACGGAGCUGCGAAAGGCUACCAUUCCUAUCUUCUUUGACAUGAUGCUCUGUGAGUUCAUGCACACUCAGCCCAGUGGAAGGAUCAAAGGGAGCUUUGUGUUGGUGGAAAAUGAGAUGAUCACACAACUAGAUGCCCUGGUGGAAGGUGGUAGAGGGGAUGAACAAUACAGGGACCUUUUCUUUCAGAUAAUGUAUGGACUUUGUGAUGGCCAUUCAUACAUGAAAGAAAUGGGGACAGCAUUUGUGGAAACAGUUCAGAAGCUGAUGCAGAGACUGCUGGAAUACAGGACUAUAAUUCAUGAUGAAAACAAGGAAAACAGAAUGAGUUGUAUUGUAAAUCUGCUGAAUUUCUACCAUGACAUAAACCGACAAGAGAUGUACAUUCGUUACCUACACAAGCUGUGUGACCUCCAUCUAGAAUGUGACAACUAUACAGAGGCAGCUUAUACACUGCUGCUGUAUUCAAUGUUACUUACGUGGUCAGAUGACCCCCUUCCCAACAUGCUUCAGGAUGCCAAGCAUUCAGAUGCUCAGACCAACAGGGCACUGAAAGAGAAACUUUACUAUGAUGUCAUUCAUUAUUUUGACAAAGGAAAGAUGUGGGAGAAAGGCAUUGAGCUUUGCAAAGAAUUGGCCAAACAGUGUGAAAAUGAAACAUUUGACUAUAUACAGUUGGCUAAAAUACUGGGACAGGAAGCAGAGUUUUACACCUUCAUAAUGAAUCAGAUGCGCCCAGAACCUGAAUACUUCCGUGUUGGCUUUUAUGGCAAAGGAUUCCCUUCUUUCCUGCAGAACAAAGUGUUUAUUUAUCGUGGAAAAGAAUAUGAAAGGUUGUCUGACUUUACUACAAGGUUACAAAACCAGUUCCCUAAUGCACAGCUGAUGAAAACGUUGACACCACCUGGGGAAGAUAUCCUUGAAUCUGAUAGUCAAUAUUUACAAAUAAAUGCUGUCACUCCAAUUUUGGAACCCAAGAGAAGAUUCCAGGGUAAAUCAGUCAGUGAACAGAUUCUCAGAUAUUACAAGGUUAAUGAAGUGCAAAAGUUUACUUACUCUAGAAGAAUGGCUGCUGAAGAUGGCACCAAUGAGUUUACGAGUAUGUGGCUAGAAAGAACCAAUCUGGUGACAUCCUACCCUCUGCCAGGAAUCCUCAGGUGGUUUCCAGUGGCGUCCACCUAUGUGUUUGAAGUCAGUCCAUUGGAGAAUGCCAUCGAGACAGUUGAGACAGCCAACGCUAAAAUAGAGGAUCUGACAGAGCAGCACAUGUCUUCCAAUGACCCCAAGCUCCGUAUUGACCCCCUUAGUAUGGUCAUCAACGGAGUGGUGGACCCUGCAGUCAAUGGAGGAAUCACUCGAUACAAGAUUUUCUAUUCAGAAGAGUACUUACAGAAGUAUCCUCAAAAGAAAACAUUUGAGUUAGUAUCAAAACUGAAAGAGGCCACAACUCAGCAGGUAGCAUUACUGGAAACUGCCAUUACAGUGCAUGGCAGAAAGGCCCCUGAUACUCUGAAACCUUUCCAUGCUCAUCUGGAGAUGAGGUUCACACAGAUGAAGGAUCUAAUUGAAAAGGAGCUUGGUAUAAAAGUAAAAGACCUGAAGCUGAACAAGGUGAAGGUGAAGAGAAUCCAGACAUUGCCACCACAGUCCCCAACACGAAUUACCCUGGAUAUACCAGAAAAAAGGAGCCCAGCUAAGCACAGACAUCACAGGACGAUUUCACCAAACCCUCACCGUGGCUCUCCCAACCGCAGUCAUUCUACUGUGGGUACUGUCAGAUCAGGGUCCCCCACCAAGAUGCAGACCCCGGGCAAAGUGAAGAACAUGAUUGCCACUAGUAAAAGGAACACAACCUCUAGUGAUACUUCAGAGAGCAGCACAGGGAGCAUGGUGAUCGAGUUAAAUGAACAGUUGACCCCAAAGAGACCCCUUCGCCCCAACAGUGGACACAUCAAGCUAAAUGGGAAGCCUCUAUCAGUGGUUUCAGAUACUGGUUCAUCUGCUUCUCUUGCCAGCAUGGUCAACUCGGUUCUACAGUCAAAUUUCACAAAUUCCGGGGAUUCUGAGGAGCCUCCGCCACUUCCAGAGAAGCAGGCAUAUGCAGACUAUGGAAACAUAGAUGAGGAUGCCCCUCCACUACCAGUCAGGAAGAGUGGCACCAUGAGAGCAUCUCACAAGGACAAACCUCAGCCUCCCUUACCACUAGAUUCAUCACAGCAAGAAGUCCCUCCUAAUCCUCCCAAGAAACCAGAUAGGAAAACAACAUUUGACUGACAGUGCCAUGGUUAUGAUAAAUGGUCCCUUCUACAAACAAUUGUCUAAACUGUCAUUUUGACUGACAAUCAGACUGUCAGUUAUCCUGCAUUUACGUGGUUUAUAAUGCUUGGUCAUCAAAGAGUCUAAAUUUGUAUUGGCUGGUAAUAAUUGGUAUUAUUAUGGUUUUUAGUUAACAAAAAUUGAGUAGAGAUUACAUUAUGGUUUAUAGGAUUGGUCUGAAACAGACAAUGAACAUUGUUGGUGCUUUGUUAAUUGGGAUGUGUACAUGCGAGUCCUGUUCUCAGUUUUGAACUGGAGCUAUGUUUUAGAUGUAUUGAAUCUCAGAUUGUACUUACAGCUUGUGUGUGUGAGAUUGAAUGAUUUUCAUUGAGUAUGAUAUGAUGAACCCUGGUGGCUUUUUAUGAGAACACUUGUAAAAUUAUAUUAAAAUUGACAGGUAUGGAAGGCAAUAUUUUAUCAAAUUUAAACAUUAAAACACAGUGUGUAUGAAAUACAUGAUGCAGAAUUUAAAUGGAAGAGAAGCAUUUACUGGUAUAAAUGUCAAGUUUUUUUUAUUGAAAAAAAACCCAACAAUUUGUAUAUAUAGGCUUUUUCACCUUUUAAAGAUUUUACGCCAUAUAUUACAUUGCAAUUAGUUUUUGAAACAAGCUGACAAACCACUUUAAAAAUGGGACAUUUUGAUAAACAAAUCUUAAUAUUACAUCCUGAAAUAAAGGUGCAUAUUAAACAA